CUUGAGCCAACUACACGACGCUGCGUGCCUGUGGUUCAUCGAGUCUUGCAAGCCAAUGGCCACACUGCGGUUGUCCUACUGCCCUUUGGAGAUUCACUACGAGCUUCUGCGUCGCCCGCUCGCCGACAGCAGCGGCCCGAGCUGCCUCAUCAUUCAGCACCACGUUUUUAGGUUGGACGACACAGCUCUGCUGGCCAACCUUAACCGCUUUGGCCAACUGCGGUACUUGUACCUUCUAUUGGAAACGCCUCUGUCACCCAGCGCGGCAUCGAAUGCCGUGACCGCCGCCAGCCGGAGCCUACCGCAGCUGAAAUGCCUGCACGCCCACUACCAGGACGUCGUCGAUCCCAACCUUCUCGGCACUAUCACGUGGCUGCGGGACCUGGAGGGGCAAAGGGUGAUCGCGUGCUUCGAGGCGGUCCCUGCUUCCAAAGUUGUUCGACGGCUACCUUCAUAGGACUCGCAAAGCCGCUCAACCGUGACAUCCAGCCGAUGCUGUAACUGAAGGCUACGACACUUUUACGAAGGACACGCAAAAUUUUGCUGUAGAAAAGACGUUGCACCCUACCUUUCUUUAGUUGGUACAUGUGCACUAAUAAAUAG